UACGUCACAUUUAUGCUAGAUGGGGCUUUAUUAACACCUUAUGACGUGGUUAGGGAUAGGUUUUAAUUCAUUUUUCAUUGACAGCGACUACAAUUAGGAUUUAUGUGGUUCUGUGCUGGCCCUUUUAAAGGCGGAGUCAGGGAGUGUGAAUAGUGGUGAAUCAGAUCACAUGAGCUCAUUCAGCGCUAUAGUGCGGUGUGCUGCGAGCUGCUAUGGAGCGCUACAAGGAGGUGAAGGUGCACGGCUAUGAGGAGUAUUGCCGGGAGGUGGAGAAGCACAAGGGGAAGGUGGUGGUCGCCCUGUUCUGUGGGGAUAAGACUGAGGAGGGGGUGAGCUGGUGCCCGGACUGUGUGAAAGCUGAGCCGGUUGUGCGCAAAGAGCUGACACAUCUCCCUGAAGGGGCUGUAUUUAUAUACUGUCAAGUUGGAGAGAGAGCUUACUGGAAAGAUCCGAACAAUGAAUUCAAAAGAAUCCUAAAGCUGACCGGUGUCCCCACUCUUCUCAAGGUUGGAACACCACAGAAAUUGACAGAAGAUGAGUGCCUGAAGUCUGAUCUGAUUGAGAUGCUGUUCAGUGAAGAUUAGGAAAUCCUCGGAGAAUAUCUUAUACAUGGAAGAUCAGUGUUGGGUGACAAGUGUGGAAAAUGGAGUUUUAAUCACAUUCCGGAUCUGGUUGUCCUCCAAUUGUUGUUCUUGUUGUUCUUCAAUGAUUUCAACUAAUUCAAUUAAACUAUUUUCUAGUUAUGGCUUCUAGU